AUGAUGAUUCUUUUCACUGGAUGGGAUCUCGUUCCAUACUCCAACCUUUUAGAAGUCCAGAAAGAGGUGUUCGAAUAUUUUGCAGACUUGAGAUGUAUUGCAAAACCAUCAAAUCCGCAUUGUAAAUCUAAUGAUGUGCCUGAUAUUGAUCUCAUAUGUACAUGUUUUAUCAAACCAGAAUAUGGUAUCGCAGCCACUGAUGUUAAACGUUUUAAAGAGCUUCUAUUAAAAAUAAGUUCAGUAGAUGUAAAUAAGUCUGGUCACUCAAAGAAAAGAGAAAUGAAUAGACUUCAAAAAUUGCAUUCACUUAUUUUGCAGGCUCAAAUUUCUGUUCAAAGACAGUUAGAGUUAGCCAAUCCUUGUUCACACAAUGGUUUAACAUUGACAAAUGAAAAACAGCUGAUGGAAUUACAAGCAAAAGAACAAACUUUUCAUAUGAACACACUACCUAGCUUCUACAAAUUUAGGGGCACUACUAAAAGUGUACCUUCAAUUGAAAUGCUCUCUGUGAAUAAACAAAUCGAUACGGCUUAUUAUUUUGGAAAGAUGCUUCCGUUUCCUACUUACGUGUACAAACAAAUUCAUCAUGCAGUUGAAUAUGUGGUGUUGUUAACUGAGAAUGUAUUGAAUUUUUUAUUUCUUUUGAAAGCACUGGUUGGUGUUUAUGUACCGUUUGAUGUGACUGUUGAAAAUUCAGAUACAUCUUUCAGUCGAAAGACUAUCCAGUUUGGAAAUAUCAUAUUAACAAGUCCAUUUUCUCCAAGAGUUCGCGCUCGUUUGUUUUAUGAAUCUUUAGUAAAACAACUAUGUUUUGAACACAUCUCGGGUGAUCAAGUACAUAUUAUUGAGCAAUCAAAGUGUGCUCUCACUAUAAAUACAGUUGUAGAAAAGAUUAAUAUAUCUAGUCCACGUACACUUCGAUCAUCCACUAAAGCUCAGGAAUAUGAUUUAUCCGUCAAUAAAUUGGAUCCAACAGAGGUGUUAAGUGAUACUGAUGAUGAAUUGAGGAUUGAUUUAGAUGAACGGAAUAGUGAUGAUCAUAGUUCUAAAAAGUUUAGUUCAUCGAUUUGUGAUCCUGGAAACGUAGCUAGUUUUUGUACAGUUGUUGAAAGAUCCACUAAUAAACAACAAGAAAAUACAAAUAGCCUUUCUGUCAUCGACCUUUCCAGUACACCAGCUUCACCAACUGAUGAGACACCUAAAAGUCCGUGUUUUAAUCAAAUCAUAGAAUCAAAGUCUAUUAUUCAUUCUCCUAGUCCACAAAUAAUUCCUCUUGAGCCUGUCAAAAUUACUUGUGAAUUAUCUCAAGAUUUAUCACCAUUGGAAACAAUUAGUCCUUCAAAACGAUUAACGUCCAACUCUUCUACAUCAAACAAAAUAAAUAAAGCAGAAGUUAAUCAGGAAUCAAACAAAAACUCAGUUAAGGCGUAUUCAUAUUCCUCUUUAAAAUUAGGAAAUAAAAAUUUGUUAGUUCAAUUCUUCGAUACAAUAUGGUCGAAUAAUGAAAGUUGUCAAGCUUGCAAAACGUUAUCUUCUGAUGGGCAAUGUCCACUUUGGCCUUCAUGUAACACGCGGAAUCGGACAAACAGCGUAGUGGAUGAUGAGUCUAAAAAAAGUAAUGUGAAGCCUAUUUGUGUUCAAAUCAAACCGGAGUAUUUAGGUGAUUGGGGCUGUGAAAUGCUUGAAAAUCAAGAAUUGGAACUUUCUUGGUUGGGUUCAUUUAUAAGAAAUAACUCAGAUAUUUUAAGAAUUCGUUUGUAUCCAAACUCUGGGAAAAUUAUCUUGAUAGAAUAUCAAUCUAUGGAAGAAAUGUUAAAGACAUAUCCUCAUUUUAAACCACAAGAUAAUGUAAACAGAUUAUCUGGAUUACUGGAUCAACUUUUCGAUUUACAACCUGGAUCCUAUUUACUAACACAAACCAAGCUCGCAUCCGAUAAUUCGUUUGAUAUUUACCAAUCUGUUAAUGGUAAUCAAUCAUUUGAUAUAGAUGCUCGUCAAAUCAAUCUAAAUCAAAUUUCCAGUCAGUUCUCAACAUCUUCAGAAAGAUUACUAAAUUUAUUAUCACUUGGAGAUGAUAAUUUCACCGGAAUCACUAUUCCAGAAGAAAUAGCUAGUACACUUUAUUUAGUACGUCGUUUAAAAUUGGAUUUGGAUAUUCCUGCUGGUUUUGAAAAGAUGCAUACUUUACAAAAUGUUAAAUCUGAGAGAAAUUUAAAAUUGCCUGGAUUAAAUCGUAUAGAUUGUAUGGAAAACUGUAGUAAACAGAGUAGUAGUAAUAGUAGUGAAUUAAUAAAAACAUCGACAUCUGACGAAAUCAAUAAAACUCGUGUUAUGAAAGUAAGGACAUCGAAGAAAAGACCGACGACGAAACCAAUGGAGAAAAAUAGUACUAAAGGAAGACAACUACCUUCUGCUAGUAAAAAUGCAAAUAAUGAACUUCGCGGUAAAAGACGAAGAAUUAAUUAA